AUAAACGGUACAAAAUUCCAAAAAUGCCCACCUCUCCCCAGGAGCCUCGUCAGUCCUCGCUCUACUACUUGCUGUCUGUCAUUCUCCUUUUCUGAUAAACUAUCAAAUACAGAAACCAGACGACCAAAGCGAGAAUAGCAUCUUUGCUUCCCAGAUAACUGUCUACAUAUUCGAUCAGUUGAGCUGCUUCGGGGCUCCAAUUUCCUAUCUUUUUGCGCUAAAUUAUGCUCGAAUGAGGUAGAUCCAGAUCGAGGAGCAACUGAAUAGAAUUGGGGGGAAACAGUGAGCAGAGACGGAGAACAUGAGCGAGGGGCCGAAAUUCCAGUUGGGGACAGUGGGGGCGCUGUCCUUGUCUGUGGUAUCUUCAGUGUCAAUUGUGAUUUGCAACAAGGCGCUUAUUAGCACACUUGGCUUCACUUUUGCCACAACUUUGACGAGCUGGCAUCUCCUGGUGACAUUUUGUUCUCUUCACGUGGCACUAUGGAUGAAAUUUUUUGAGCACAAGCCUUUUGAUGCAAGAGCUGUCAUGGUAUUUGGCAUAUUGAACGGCAUAUCCAUUGGGCUUCUGAAUCUCAGCUUGGGUUUCAAUUCUGUUGGAUUCUAUCAGAUGACAAAACUGGCUAUCAUUCCCUGCACUGUUCUUUUGGAGACCCUUUUCUUCAUGAAGAAAUUCAGCCGGAGUAUUCAGUUGUCACUGGCUAUCCUACUUUUAGGUGUUGGAAUUGCAACUGUGACCGAUCUUCAGCUCAAUCUCCUGGGUUCUAUCUUGUCUCUGCUUGCAGUUAUUACAACUUGCGUUGCUCAAAUUAUGACCAAUACCAUCCAGAAGAAGUUCAAAGUUUCUUCAACCCAACUUCUUUAUCAGUCCAGCCCAUACCAGGCUAUAACACUUUUCAUCGUUGGUCCAUUUCUAGAUGGCCUUUUGACUAACAAAAAUGUUUUUGCUUUCAACUACACUCUUCAAGUGGUGUUCUUCAUUGUCCUCUCCUGCCUGAUAUCUGUCUCUGUAAACUUCAGUACAUUUCUGGUAAUUGGAAAGACAUCUCCAGUCACAUACCAAGUCCUAGGGCACCUGAAAACAUGCCUAGUUUUGGCCUUUGGCUAUGUUUUGCUUCGUGACCCCUUUAGCUGGCGCAAUAUUCUCGGGAUUCUUGUAGCUAUAGUUGGGAUGGUUCUUUAUUCUUAUUAUUGCACUCUUGAGACUCAGCAGAAAGCUAGUGAAGCAUCAGCGCAAGCGCAACUGGUCAAGGAAGGUGAGUCUGAUCCUCUAAUAAGUGUGGAAAAUGGAAGCGGGAUCUCAGCAGACGGUGUUGUUGCCACGGGUCCUGUAUGGAAGUCAAAUAAGGACCUUCAAGCUUAAACCUUCUUGAUUUAAAUAUUUGGUCGCCCUUAGGUUGGAAUUAAUUGAGGAAACUCUCUCAGUGAUGAAGAUGUUUCUGGACAAGGUCUCAUAUAAUGCAUAGCAGCAGUUCUGGUAUUUCGAGAUUGCCACUUCCAGUAUGGCAGAUUCAAUAUUGAAUAGCAUUUUUUGUUUUUGGUUCUUGCGAGUGAGGCUAUGGGAUUGAAACCAGGAUUUGAUUUGAUAAACUUAUAAUGUUAUUCCCAAAAGCCUACAAAAUCCUCAUAAUUGAUUUUUGUGGUUAUUUUGGGAUUAUCCCUUUAAUAAAUGUAGAGUGAGGAA